AUGGGGGACCGAGUGGCUUUGCUGCUGCUGCUGGCUGCAGCGGCCUCCGCUUUGGCCGUGGAGGUUCCUACAGAUGUUUCUAUGGGUCUUCUAGCUGAGCCCCAGGUGGCCAUGUUUUGUGGAAAACUCAACAUGCACAUCAACGUCCAAAGCGGCAAGUGGGAACCUGACCCUUCUGGCACAAAGACCUGCAUCAGCACCAAAGAGGGCAUCCUGCAGUACUGCCAGGAGGUGUAUCCGGAGCUCCAGAUUACCAAUGUGGUGGAAGCCAACCAGCCAGUCAGCAUCCAGAACUGGUGCAAGAAAGGGCGCAAACAGUGCCGCAGUCACAUGCACAUAGUCGUGCCCUACCGCUGCCUGGUGGGAGAAUUUGUGAGCGACGCCCUGCUGGUUCCUGACAAGUGCAAGUUCCUGCACCAGGAGCGUAUGGACCAGUGCGAGAGCCACCUGCACUGGCACACCGUUGCCAAGGAGUCCUGCGGAGACCGCACCAUGAAUCUCCACGACUACGGGAUGCUGUUGCCGUGCGGCAUCGACCGCUUCAGAGGGGUGGAGUUUGUGUGCUGCCCCGCCGAGGCGGAGCACGACGCCGACAGCGCCGAGCAGGACGUCGACGAUUCCGACGUGUGGUGGGGGGGGGCGGAGACCGACUAUUCCGACAACAGCAUGGUUCGCGAGCCGGAGCCAGCAGAGCAGCAAGAGGAAACCAAACCAUCUGUAGUAGAGGAGGACGAGGAUGAGGAGAUACCUGAAGAAGACGAGGAGGAGGAAGACGAGGAGGAGGAAGAGGACAUGCUGGACAACGACCAAGACGGAGAUGGGGAGGAAGAUGAAGAUGUGGUGGAAGAAGAGGAAGAUGAAGAGGAUAGAGACGACGACAUCAUUGACACGCUUGAUGAAAAUGAUGAUGCAGAUGAGCCCACCACCAAUGUUGCCAUGACUACAACCACCACCACCACCACUGAGUCUGUGGAAGAAGUUGUCAAGGAUGUGUGCUGGGCGAAUGCAGAGACUGGCCCGUGCCGGGCUAUGCUGCCCCGCUGGUACUUUGACCGUCAGGAGGGCCGCUGCGUUCAGUUUAUCUACGGCGGCUGCGGAGGCAACAGGAAUAACUUUGAGUCGGAGGACUACUGCCUGUCUGUCUGCAGCAGCGUCAUACCCACAGCCAUGCCCAGCUCCCCCGACGCAGUGGACCAUUAUCUGGAGACACCUGCCGACGAAAACGAACACGCCCACUUCCAGAAAGCCAAGGAGAGUCUGGAGGCCAAGCACCGCGAGAGAAUGUCCCAGGUUAUGAGGGAGUGGGAAGAGGCUGAGAGGGAAGCCAAGAAUCUUCCGCGCACCGACAAAAAGGCUGUCAUUCAACGUUUCCAGGAGAAGGUGGAGGCUCUGGAGCAGGAAGCAGCCAGCGAGCGUCAGCAGCUGGUGGAGACCCACAUGGCCCGAGUGGAGGCUCUGCUCAAUGACCGCCGCCGCCUGGCGUUGGAGAGCUACCUGACCGCGUUGCAACAGAACCCGCCGAGGCCCCGUCACGUCUUCACCCUGUUGAAGAAGUACGUGCGUGCCGAGCAGAAAGACAGGCAGCACACCCUCAAACACUUUGAGCACGUCCGCAUGGUCGAUCCCAAGAAGGCAGCCCAGAUUAGACCUCAGGUGCUGACCCACCUGCGCGUGAUCGAGGAGCGCAUGAACCAGUCUCUGGGACUUCUCUACAAAGUGCCCGGUGUGGCCGACGACAUCCAGGACCAAGUCGAGCUCCUGCAGAGGGAGCAGGCAGAGAUGGCUCAGCAGCUGGCCAACCUGCAAACCGACGUGAGGGUGAGCUACGGAAACGACGCCCUGAUGCCCGACCAGGAGCUGGGAGACGGCCAGAGUGACCUAUUGCCCCAGGUGGACAUUGAUGGCUUUGGCGGAGCUGACUUUAUCCACCCCGAGAGCUUCAACCAGCCCAACACCGAGAACCAGGUUGAGCCCGUGGACUCCCGCCCCGGCCUUGACAGAGGAAUUCCCACACGGCCAGUGAGCGGAAUGAAGAUGGAAGCCAUUCCUGAGCUGCGCAUGGAGAAAGAGGACCGACAGAGUUCAGAAUAUGAAGUUCACCACCAGAAACUGGUCUUCUUCGCUGAGGAUGUGGGCUCCAACAAGGGCGCCAUCAUCGGCCUGAUGGUCGGAGGCGUCGUCAUAGCGACGGUUAUCGUCAUUACCCUCGUGAUGCUGAGGAAGAAGCAGUACACGUCCAUCCACCACGGAGUCAUCGAGGUGGAUGCUGCCGUCACCCCUGAGGAGCGCCACCUGUCCAAGAUGCAGCAGAAUGGUUAUGAGAACCCGACUUACAAGUUCUUUGAGCAGAUGCAGAAUUGAGGAGAAUGUCACAUCUACACACACUCAUACACACACACACAUGUUCAUCUCCUCCCUCAUAUUGCACUCCUUCCUCCCCCACCCCUCCUCCCUUUACCAGACCCAUGUUUCCAAAAGGCGGUGUGGCUUAGAUCAUAAGUGACUGAAAUGGUCAGUUACGAGCAUACGGAGCGGAGCGACUGUAGUCGGUGUUUCUUUAAAUUUUUUGCCUGGGCGGACGCUAAGGCUAAGCCUGUUUGCACCACGUUUGUUCACUUUAUUGAAACAGGAUGCUAUUUUAUUCAAAAUAUUAUUAUAAUUUUUUUUAAAAGAGGUUGCUCCGUUUGGGCCUGCUGAUGUAUGGAAAAAGGCCCCGCCCAGGGCAUCCAAACAAAGCUGUCUUCUUUGCCUCCACACUGAUUCAGGGCCAGUGUAAAGUUGUGGGUUUUGGUCUUUUCUUUUUGGCUUUAGUUUAACGUUCUAUAAGCAAAGCUGACGACCGAUCAGUUAGGUUGUGAACGCAGGCCGGUCUGGGCCUCCUUUACAAAAAAAUUGUCGUCUCAGAGCACGUCGACAUAAUCGUGUUAAUCUUGAAUGAUUGAAUAAAGAAGGCAUAAGUCAAGCAACAUGAUUUGUCACAAAUAAGCCCCCCCCCCCGCCUGCCGCAGCACUUCUGCACUCUCUACUGCACUCUCUACAGUCUACACUGGAGUAUAAGUGAGUUCUUCUCCCUCCCCCCCUCCUCCUCCAUCCCUCCCUCCACCCUCUUUUCUUUGCGCAUUCUUACAACAGCUGGGCUGUGUUACGUCACACGAGGCUCUAAAGGAUCAGGAGACGCUGACGAUAAUGCACACGUUGAUGACAACGGUAGUAAUCGUGUAUUCCGAACGAGCUGUUUUUAUUUUGGAGUUUUUCUCUAUUGUUUCCAGUUUUGUUUUUCAAAAAAGAGUGAAAAUGGAGAAAAAAAGUCAACUGAUGUAAAGUCCUUUUUUUAAAUUCCGUGUAAUGUUCCUGGAGUAAUGCUGAAGUCUUAGCUGUUCUUAUGUAGUGCAUGACAAAGAUGACAACUGAAUUUGGAAAAUCAAAAAAAAAAAACAACCCAAAAUCUUAACGCUGCUCUCUCGAGAUCCUUUCUCACAUUUAGAUUGUCAUUCUAGCAAGAUUGUACAUUUAGUAUCUUCUCGUGAUCACGUGACUUCAAACAUUGAUGAAAAAAUAUAUAUAAAUCUAGAUGAACUGGCUCUGCUUUGACAUCUUGUAAAGAUACACAUUUAAAAGAGAUCUGUGAUUUUUGGAAUUUAAGUGUGUUCCUAGUUUCUGUUUGAAUUGUUCUUUUUGUAACCCUGCCAGUUUCCUGAAGCUGUAAAGGGGGCAGGCUUCAUCUUUGUACAUCCUCACUUUAUUAGAUGCAUUGUGUUAAAAUUCCUCAUGUGUAGAGGCAUUCAGAAAUCACACCUGUCAACUUUUACUUCUUUGGUCGGUGUUUGGAAAAAGGCAUGUUUCGGGGUUGGAAGUUCAGAGAAAUGAGAAAUCUUGUAUGAGGAGCAGGUUGCUAUUACUUUUGCUUGUGGGCCCUUUGUUUUUUUUGUUUUUAAAACAGGCCGGUGUUUUUUCUGUCAUAAGCCAACGCUGACUUUUUCUGGUUUUGUAUCCAAUUUGCUCUGCAGACUGAACAGGUGGAGUGCCAAGAGCAGGAGGAAAAGGGGGGAGGGAGGGCGAGAUAGAUGACUUGCAGUUCCGAUGGAUAGCCAGCCAGACAGGCUGUCUGUAUAUGUAUAUGUAAUGGAUUUUCACUUCCCCCUGCGCCUCCCCUCCCUUCCUCACCUUCCUUUUCCUUCAGGGUUGCUGCUCACCUCUCUGCCUCCACCACAGCCUUUGUCUCCUCAAAGGCAGGGUGCACAGGUCCACGUAUAUAUAUGUAUAUACAUAUAUAUAGGUGCUUACCAUCGAGAGUUGACAGCAAGUUGGCGGGGGGGAGCAGAGAUCAAAUAAGCCAAUUCAAAAUGGCAGCGUUGUUGGCAGGAAUAACACAUUCAUCCUCAUAGUCAGGUCAUUCUAAAGGUUUUCAGUGUAUCCAAAUUGCAUUGAAAGUCAUCUGCAAGCAAUGCUCAUAUAUAAAAUGGGGAUUAAAUCUGUGAUGAAAUAGUGACUGAAAUGUGCUUAAGGGGGCUGAGUUUGGGGUUUGGUUUGCAGAGGGUGUGCAUUAGAAGCCCAACAGAGGGCAGUAGAUUAGAAGGGGAAACCAGAUUUUCUUUGAUCAUUUUUUUUUUUUUUGUCUGUGGGUUAAAUAUUAAUUUUGUUUUCCACUGUGUAAUAUUGUGCAGGUCAUUUGCAUUGACUGGAAAACGCUUUCUACACUGUAUUCCAUAAUAAAGUUUUGAAUGUACAUAUGAAAGCUGUGUCGCUGGUUUCCUUGUAUUUGUUUGAAAUAUUUUUAAGAUUAAGAAUCAAAUCCAAAUUUA